CUAUUUAGUACGAGUAACAAAAUAGAUUUGACAUUUUCUUUCCCAAUUGAAAACAUCCAAACAAUUAAGCAGCUGCACAAUUUGUAUUUUGGACACAAAUAACACUGAACCUUGCGUGAUUCGCGAAGCAACUCCAUCUUCUAUAAUAGGGCGGUGUUCAGCUAGCACAAAAAGCAAGAAGAGAAAGGAGCAGCAGAAGAAGAUGGUGAAAGAUAGGAAGAUUGGAGUCGCCAUGGAUUUCUCGAAGAGCAGCGUAGCGGCGCUUAAAUGGGCAAUCGACAAUUUAGCCGAUAAAGGCGACACUUUCGUUAUUAUCCACAUCAAAUCCCAUGUUCCUCACGAAUCUCGCAAUCAGCUGUGGUCUGAAUCUGGCUCUCCUUUGAUCCCCUUGUCUGAGUUUCGUGAGCCGGAGGUGAUGAAGAAGUACGAUAUUGAGACUAAUAUUGAAGUUCUGGACUUGCUUGAUACUUCUACUAGGCAGAAAGAGAUAAACGUAGUUACAAAGCUGUACUUGGGUGAUCCAAGGGAGAAGCUGAUCGAGGCAACUGAAGAUCUGAAGUUGGACUCUUUGGUUAUGGGCAGCAGAGGCCUUAGCACCCUGCAGAGGAUAAUAAUGGGGAGUGUGACCAACUAUGUGUUGUCAACUGCGACCUGCCCAGUGACUGUUGUGAAGCAUCCAGAUUUUCACAAGAACUGAUGCAGAAGGGAAAGAGCUUUUGUGGCAAUGAGUUCUUUUUCAACAUAAACAAGACAUGAGCUUAUUUAUAUAUCUUUUUCAACAUAUAAUAUCCAUUGGGGUACUUCUGUCUCUCAAGCUAGGAAGAUUGUGUUCUGGUUCUCCACUUCUCCUUCCCUAUAUAAGCUUUCUCCUUCCCUAUAUAAGCUUUCUUUGCAUUCUGAUUAAAGAAUAAAGAGUAAGACCUUUUUUCAGUUUUCUUGCACUUAAUGGCAUUAACCAUCUCUCAUGUUAUCUUUAUUUGCUCCCACCCCUAUCAGACAUUCUUCUUUUCAUUGUGUAUGAGGAAAUUAAAUGUUGUGCCAUUGCUCAUCCCUUUCAAAGGGUCCGUUUGGAUAAACAGCGGGAGCAUCAAUCCGCUGAUUCUUUUAUACAUGAAAACGCUGCUAAAAGCAGCGGGAUGGUGCCGAUCCGCUGAAAACCAAACAGCACCAAAGUGUUUAUAUGUUUUCGGUUCUAUACUAUUCGUAUAUUCUACUUUGAUCACCUUUUAAUAUCUCAUUUUAUUUAUUAAUGUAUUAAUGAACCAUAUGAAAAAAUCCUGUUUAAUUGUCUUAUAUUCUACUUUGAUCAUCUUUCGUAUCUCAUUUUAUUUACUAAUGUAUUAGUAAACC